GUUACAUAACAUGUCGUAGGAUUAUCCACCACCCUAACAAAAAAUUCGUUUAAUGGUGCGACGCCACAAAAAAACCUCAGUUCACUGAAAAUUGCGCAAAGUGAAAGCCACAGAUUUUUUUCUCCCUGAAUUUCUCCAAGUUUUUCUGUGUGAAUCACAUUAAAUCCACUUCAAAAGGUGCAAAGAUGACAUCAACCAACGUGACCAUUGGAUUGGGAGACCGCUCUGGAUCGCGAGUUCUCAAGCCCCCGGGCGGUGGGUCUGUGCUGUCUUUCGGCGGUGAUGAAGAGGUGCGCCCCAAUCCGCCGCGCCCCAAGUACGAUCAGCAGAACUCAUCGAAUUUGUUCGGUUGCAUGGGUGGCUCAGAUCCCACUCCGGUGAAAAAUGAAAAGUCCGCUGCUCCGGCUGCUCAGGCAGCCACGGAAGCCGCUCCACAGGCAGCAGAGAAGGCUGCCGAAGUGACACAGGAGAAGAAUUCUGACAAGAGUGGUGGUGCACCACCGCCUGAGCAAACCCAGCAGCAGGGAUCGCGUGGCAGAGUCCCACCCGGAGGCUUCUCAGCUGGCUUCUGGUAAACUCCCCCUUUGUGCCCUUUGUUUUGUCAUUCAGGGGACAAGAGUGGGAGAGUUGAGACCAAAAUUGCACCAACCAAAAGAGUUCCCAUGUUUUCCGUGUGACUCUUCUCUGGGCCUUUUUAUAAAAUAAUUCAUUUUCACCAUGGGAACGAUGAUUCUUUGUGAAGAAUUAACCGCGCAGCUCCUAACUGUUUGCUUCCCUCCUCUUGUGAACUACAUAUAUACACAUACUACCUAUAUAGGUAUAUUUCUUGUAUAGGGAAUAUUGUUAUGAAAAAUUAAUACUAUUUCCAUGACCGUGAGACGUGUGUUUGAUAAAGCACAAAAAAUUCUUUUUGUAAUCAAUUUUCGUUGCAAUUGUUUCAAAAUCGUCAAAAGCGUUGUUAUAGCAAAAAAAACCCGUAGUAUCUCGCGCGCAAAGAGGGAGAUAAUUUUUUUGAUAUUAUGUACUACAAAUCAUUACAUUUAUACAUAUUGUAUCUAUUUUUAUUAAUUUAUAUACUACACCCACCCCUCUCGCUUCAUCAAAUGAACAACCUCUUAUUUUUUACGACUCUUCCUCAAUAUUUGUAUUGUUUGGCGUAUAUUUAUAUAUAGUACCGAAUAAAUUAUACAUUGAAUGAUUCAAUAAAAUUGAUUGGAAACAUU